CACUCAAUCAAACGGUUUCUUGGUGUUUGUUGAUGCUGCUGUGAUAGUUCCUGUUGCAGAGCUGCAGCUACUCUGGGCUGGGCGGUUUCUAAUCUGACGGCUUCCAUACCGCCUCUUCUGGAUGUCCAAAUACAAACUCUUCCUGCUCCGGCAUGGGGAGGGGGCCUGGAACAAGGAGAACCGCUUCUGCAGCUGGGUUGACCAGAAACUGAGCGAGAACGGGGUGGUGGAAGCCCAAGAAUGCGGCAGGCUGCUGAAAGAGAAGGGGUAUCAAUUCGACCAGGUUUUUACCUCCAUACUGAGCCGUUCCAUCCAGACAGCCUGGUUGGUGCUGGAGGCCAUGGGACAAGAGUGGGUCCCAGUCACCAAAUCAUGGAGGUUAAAUGAGCGGCAUUACGGUGCCCUGAUUGGCCUCAAUCGGGCCGAGAUGGCGUUGAACCAUGGCGAGGAACAGGUUAAACUGUGGAGGCGAAGCUAUGAUAUCACGCCGCCCCCCAUUGAUGAGUCACAUCCCUAUUAUGCUGAAAUUUACAAUGACCGCCGAUACAGUACGUGUGACGUUCCGAAAGAGGAACUGCCCAAAACAGAAAGUCUGAAGGAAGUGUUGGACAGACUUCUUCCUUACUGGAAUGAUGUCAUUGUACCGGUGAUCAAAAGUGGCCAAACGGUCCUCAUCUCUGCACAUGGCAACAGCUGCAGGGCUUUGCUUAAACAUUUGGAAGAUAUAUCGGAAACAGACAUUGUCAAUGUAACGCUGCCCACGGGAGUUCCAGUCUUACUGGAGAUGGAUGAAAACCUUCGACCGGUCAAACCUCGUCAGCUCCUGGGCGACCAGGCCAAAAUUCAGGCAGCCAUCAAAAAGGUGGAGGAUCAAGGGAAGGUUAAUGCAGAAAAUAAAUAAGGAUUUUCUUGGGGGAAAUGUCAGAAUCUUCAGAUACGAAUUGUUCACAUAGAUAGACCAUUAGUCAUUCAGGAUGCCCUGAAGCACCUGCAAGAUAGUGCCAAUACAUGGGUGUGUCCGAGGUAGACUUGUUUAAAUAAUAGUUUAUGUUUCUAGUGGUAUUUUCAGAGUCUUGAAGAGUUAUAGAAGUCAAUAUUUUAAAUUCAAGCAAUGGUUACUGAUCCAAAAUGCAGACUUGCUGCAUAUAUUUUGUCAUAGCAGGAGGUCUGUAGACCAAAUAAUGAAGUAGAUACUGAUGUAACAUCAUUUAAUAAUGUGUUAUUUUUUGUUUUCAGUGGAUUUUAGGCCACAGAAAACCAGUGGUGCCUUCUGUUGGGUAAAAAUAGCAUCCAUCCAUUGUUUUCUAAUAGGAUUUCUUAUUAAAGGUCAACACAAGCGUU